UCCAAAAAAAAAAAACCCUAAUUUCCUAACGGCACCCCAUCCCGAACCUGAUGUCACUCCCUCCCAAGUCCCAACUGAGUACAGCUACACUCACUCUCAAGUCUCACCUCUCUACCUCACUCCGCCGUGUCGUGUACUUCGACUGUGUCUCUGUCGUCCGUCGUGGAUCCCCUGCGUCUGUCUGUGUCAUCCGAAGCUCUGCGUGCUCUACGGCCAACUCUCCUCGCCGGUGGCCUGCCUCUGCAACGGUGCUGUAACCCUAAGUCCCCAGCCCGUCCCUGACUUUGCGUAUGCUUCUGCAGUGAGUGUAGUUUUAAUGUACGUUUGGAUAAUGGCGUUUAGGGGUUUUAUGGCUUAAAGACAAGUUGAGACUAAACUAGGAAGUGAGGGUUGACAGUUGGGAAAAAAACUGAGACAGAGGAGGAGAAGAAGAGAGAAAUGCUGUAUAUAAUCGGAUUAGGAUUGGGAGAUGAGAGAGACAUAACGAUGAGGGGGUUGGAAGCAGUGAAGAGCUGCGAAAAGGUUUACAUGGAAGCCUACACUUCCCUCCUCUCAUUUGGGCUCGACUCUCAUGGCCUCUCCAACCUGGAAAAGCUGUAUGGGAAAUCGAUAACUCUAGCAGACAGAGAGAUGGUGGAAGAGAAAGCCCAUCACAUUCUUGAAGAAGCUCGCCACUCCCAUGUCGCCUUCCUUGUUGUUGGGGACCCUUUUGGGGCUACGACCCACACUGACCUUGUUGUUAGAGCUAAGAAGAUGGGGAUUCAUGUCCAGAUUGUGCACAAUGCCUCCGUCUUGAAUGCUAUUGGCAUCUGCGGUCUCCAACUCUAUCGCUAUGGCCAAACUGUUUCCAUUCCAUUCUUCACCGACUCUUGGAGGCCCGAUAGCUUCUACGAAAAGAUUCACAGUAAUCGAACCAUGGGACUCCACACACUUUGCUUGUUAGAUAUUCGUGUGAAGGAGCCCACCCUCGAAUCUCUGGCAAGAGGAAGAAAAACCUAUGAACCCCCCAGAUAUAUGACCAUAAACACAGCUAUUGAGCAGCUCUUGGAGGUUGUGCAAGAGCACCAACAACCUGCCUACACUGAAGAUACCCAGUGUGUUGGGUUUGCUCGGCUAGGAAGUGACAAUCAGACGAUUGUAGCUGGAACAAUGAGGCAGCUGCAGAUGGUUGAUUUUGGAGCACCUUUACACUGCCUUGUCAUAACAGGCAAUACCCAUCCAUUAGAGGAAGAAAUGCUCGAGUUUUACAGAUGUAGGACCUAGUUACAACUUACAAGGUUGCAGGAACAUUUGAAUUUUGCAAAUUUGAAUUUUUGUUAGUGUAGAGUUUCUACAGUCGAAGUUUAUGUGGAAUUUGAAUUCAUUAGAGUCUAAAGAAUUAGACACUUGGAUUUUUGUUUUUUUCAGUUUAGGCUUCUAAAUGAACUCAUGGAUACAAUCGGAGAUGGUUGGUCCAGGGUUUAAAAGCUAAAUUGACUAAAGGUUUUAAUACAUUUUUAUAUGGAUCAUUCGAUAUGACUAUA